GGCGUGUCGAAAGGUAUGGGGGUUAGGUUCUUGCUGGCAAAUGAACUGAUCAAUCGAGACUUUGAGGCAUUGGUAUUUAACUGCGGAGUCCUCAGUGGGAGAGCUGAAAAUUCGGCUGGUGUCUUCGGAACGGAGAUAAGAUCGGAGAAGGCAGCGGGAGAGUUUGAGCCUCAGCAGACAGAGGGCCAGUUUGCAUCAUCCUAGUUAAGAGCAAAAGCGAGGAAGUGGGAAGAUGGGAAGAAGAUAAUUACAAACAACUGUAUCGUGAAUGUAACAGUCAUGACUUUUGGGAGUGAGGAUGAAGAUGGGGAUAAUGGAGGUAUAGAGUGGCAGAAAGUGGGAUUCAAAAGAAAGAAAAAGAAAAGUGGAAAUAAUAGUAAUGUAAGCAGCUCAGGGGCAAAGUCUGAUGAAACGGUCAAGAGAGCUAGAAUAAGUCAGUCUGAGGGCUGAAAUCCAAAUAAAUAAUUGGAAAGUUAAACUUGUGUGUCCUGAGAAUUUCCACCUUAUAUCGGUGGCUAAAGCUCUAGAAAAGGAUGUAGGCAAAGUGAAGUUCGCAAAGUAUUUGAAAAACAAGCACAUACUUGUAUACGCAGUGAGUAGAGAACAGCAAAACUCUCUACUGAAAAUGAAUAUGCUGGAUGGUAAAAAGUAAAAAUCUGUGUACCUGGAGCCGCUGCUAGACAAAGGAACACUAGAAGAGCACUAGAAAUAGUACUGAAACUUUUUAAUAAAAUAUGGAAAGAAUAAAGACUACCUGUUAAGUGGAAGUGGAAGAUGGCAAACUACAGACCUAUAGCACUUGAGCAAAUGGAUGGAAAAAUGGUUGUUUACAGGUUAGCAUAUUUUUUAGAAAAAAGAAGUUUGUUCAACGAGUACCAGAGCGCCUUUAGGAAAGGCAGAUCUACUGCAGAUGCUCUUAUUAAAGUAAUAAAAUUGAAAAGAUCCUUAAGAUGAAAGUCAUGGCUAUAGUUUUUUUUUUUUUGACAUCAAGACAGCUUAUAAUUCUAUGUGGAGAGAAGGUCUUUUAAUUAAAAUGAACAAGCUAGGCAUAGGUGGAAGGUUAAAGUUAAAGUAGGAUCAAAAUCUCAGAAUGUGGAUGCCACAAGAUAUAAUAAUAUCAUGAUGAUUUUAUCAUAACAUGAUUAAUGAUAUCUCUGAAAAUACAGGAACAGGAUUACAGUCUUCAUCGUAAGCAGACGAUGGAGCAAUCUGGAAAAGGGGAAAACAUUUCUUAAAUGUGCUGAAGUGUAUACAGAAAGCAAUAAUCAGUGUAGAGAGAUGGUCUUAUGAUUGGGGCUUCAAAAUUUCAGUAGCAAAAUCAUGUUAUAUGCUUGUCACUAAAAAGAAAAUAGGUAAUAGGCAGGGGUUAACACUAUAUAGCAAACCCAUGAAAAGAGUUGGAGUAUUUAAAUAUCAUGGUUUGAUGAAAAAUAUACAUGGAAGAAUCAUUGAAAAUAUUGAGACUAAAUGUAAGAAAGUUUUAAAUUUAAUGAGGCGUGUGGUCGGAUGUGUAUGGGGAGCUGACAAAGAAGCACUACUGCAGAUAUACAGGGCUUUGAUGAGAGCCACUUUGGAUUAUGGUUGCAUGGUGUGUGAAGCAGCAGCCAAAAUUCAUCUAGAAAAACUAGACAGGAUACAAUACAGAGUAUUAAGGCUUAGUUUGGGAGCAGUCAAAACCACGCCCAUUAAUGCACUGCUCGUUGAAUCCAAUGAACUGCCAUUGCAUUUGAGGAGAAACAAGUUAUCACUACCAUAUUGGAUAAGAAUUCAGGGAGGAGGAAAUGGAAAUUUAGCAUCAAUUGUUCUGCAAAACUGUUGGGAGUCCACAGAUUUUUCUGGUGAAGAUUUUGGAUGGGACAUUAACAAGAAAAUGAAACAGUACAAAUUAGAUACUAUACAACAUAGUCCAGCAGUUAUCAGAAGCGGCAUUUCCCCACGGAUAUUUACACAACUGAAAGUAAAUUUUCAAAUAUUAAAAAUAAGGAGAGAGUGGACAGAGAGGAACUAUAACAUUGGGUACUUGGUUCAAGAAUAUUUGAAGAAGAGCUACUAUAAUUAUCUAAAUAUUUUUACAGACGGAUCAAAACACUCAAAUAAUGAGUAUGUAGUGGGUAUAUACAUUCCAGAAUUUGAUAAAGGAAUUGCUAAGAGAAUUUCAAACAGGUUACAACCCCUGGCAAAAAUUAUGGAAUCACCACAGCUUUUUUACUUUAUAGCAAACAAGCAAAUCACAGAUAUGACACAAAAAAGGUUUUGUUCAAUAGCUUAACAUUCUGGUUUGUGAAAUAUACAUAAAAAAAAUUCAAGGACAUUUUUUUUUAUUAAUGGCAUGGCUUUUUCCAAAUCAAGUAGAGGAAAAAAUUAUGGAAUCACUCAAUGUUGAGGAAAGAAUUAUAGAAUCAUCAACAAAAAAAACACAAUUAAUACUUUGUUGCUCCUCCUCUGGCAUUUAUUCUUUGAGGCAUAGACCUCACUAAUGAAAAACAAUAUUCCCCAUCAAUCUGGUUCCAACUUUCUCGAAUAGCAGUUGACAGAUCAGCUUUGCAGGGUGGAGCCUUAACAUGGACCAGUUUUUUUUUUACUUUCCACCAUAAAUUUUCAAUUGGAUUGAGAUUCGGACUGUUUGCUGGCCAUGUCAUUGAGCUGAUAUGCCUUUCCUGAAAAAAAGCUUUAAAACUGUUUGCUCUGUGGCAAGAUGCAUUGUCAUCCUGAAAAAUUAUUUCAUCAUCUCCAAACCUAUUUUCUAUGGAUGGAAUGAGAAAAUGUCAAAAAUUUCACUGUACAACUGUGCAUUGACUGCUGAGGUAAUGCUGCCAUCUCCCCUGGUCCUUUACCUGACAUGCAACCCAAUAUCUUAAAUGAGUUUGGAAAUUUGAUUGGUUCAGGCAGUCAUAUGUUUUGUUAGAACGGCACCAGACAAAAGUUCCAGCAUCAUUUCCUUGGCCAAUGCAGAUUCAUGAUUCAUCACUGAAUUUCACUUUCAUCCAAUCAUCCACACUCCAUGAUUGCUUCUCCUUAGCCCACUGUAACCUUGUUUUCUUCUGUUUUGGUGUUAGUGCUGGUUUUCUUUUGGCUUUUCUAUAUGUAAAUCUCAUUUCAUUCAGCCGGUUUCUUACAGUUCUGUCACAAAUGUUGACUCCUGUUUCCGCCCAUUUGUUUUUCAUUUGUUUUGUUGUGCAUUUUCUAUUUUCAAGGCAUAGUGCUUUGAGUUUUCUAUCCUGAUGCUUUGACAUCUUCCUUAGUCUGCCUGUAUAUCUACAUUUCAUAAACUUCCCAUUAAGUUUAUACUUGCAACAAAUUUUAGACACAGCUGACUGGGAGCAACCAACCUCUUUGGCCACACUCCAUGUUGAAAUUCCUUGUUGAAGGAGUUUUAUAAUCCUUUCCAUUGUUUCAACUGACAACUCUCUCAUUGGAGCCAUGUUUCCUUUCAAUUAGCCAAGUCCAACAGCCCAUUAAAGUGUGUAAGCACUCCCUUUUAACUGCUGACUUAUUAGCAUUUUUAGACUUGUCCCAGUAUUUGUUUUAGAAAUGGAAAUUAAAAAUCGAUUCCAUAAUUUUUUCCUCUACUUGAUUUGGAAAAAGACAUGCCAUUAAUAAAAAAAAAAAUGUCCUUGAAUUUUUUUAUGUAUAUUUCACAAACCAGAAUGUUAAGCUAUUGAACAAAACCUUUUUUGUGUAAUAUAUCUGUGAUUGUUUGUUUGCUAUAAGGUAAAAAAGCUGGGUGAACAUCCUCUAAGUGUGGUGAUUCCAUAAUUUUUCCCAGGGGUUGUAUCAGUAUACACAGCUGAACUGACAGCCAUAAUCAUCAGUCUUCAGUGGGUAGAGGAGGUUAAACCAAUCAAAGUAGUGACACGUUCAGAUUCUGCAGCUGCAAUACAAAGUAUAAAAUCAGGACAAACAGUUCGAGAGGAUCUUUUAAUUGAGAUUCAUAUGAUCUUACUGAAUCUACAGCUAGGAACAGAUAUUCAUUUCUGUUGGAUAACAGCACAUACUGGAAUAGAGGGACAUGAAGUUGCCGAUAAACUUGCUAAAAGUGCAUUAAACAAAAACGAUAAUGAUAGUGUAGAAAUUUGUUUUGGGAGAUUAGAAGCAAAAUCAUUAAUACAUCACACAAUAAUGACAUCUUGGCAGGAAAUCUGGAAUAAGGAAUCUGGAGUCUAUUACAAAAGUCUGUCAGAGUGAGAAAUAAUAGAGGUAAAUGUAGGAAAGAAUUUGUUAUUUUUUCUAGGUUAAGAUUAGGACACACAGGACUCAAUGCUACUUUAUUCACCAUGAAAAAGACAGUGUCAGAUAAAUGUGAGAUUUGUAAUUGCAAGGAAACUGUUGAACAUGGGCUGAUAGAUUGCAGGAAGUUCAUUGUAGAAAGAGAAAGACUGAAGGACAGGGUGAUAGAGAUGGGAAGAGAGUGGAGCAUCAGUGGUCAGGAGUCAAAAAAGUACAGGUUCAAAGGGCUUUAUUUAAAUACUUAAAAGAGGCAGGUUUAAUAUCCAGAAUAUAACUUCUUUAUAAAGUCAUGACUGUACAUACUCCGGUUAGGUGGCGGCAUGCACCUCUAACGUUGGUUUGUAGCCCGCCAGUAAAUCGGAGAAGAAGAAAAAGAAGAUGACUUGAUCAAUCAGAGUUAACUAUAUAGAUACAUCAUUUCCCUUAGACAUGAAGAAGAUGGAGGUAAGAUGUGGUGUGAUAAAUUAUUAGAAAAAUAUAUGUAUAUUAACAAUAGCUAUGUAGUUAAGGAUAUACAGUCAGGUCCAUAAAUAUUGGGACAGUGACACAGUUUUGGUAAUUUUGCCUCUGUACACCACCACAGUGGAUUUGAAAUGAAGCAGUCAAGAUGUGACUGAAGCGUAGACUUUCAGCUUUAAUUCAAGGGGUUUAACAAAAAUAUUGCAUUAACCGUUUAGGAAUUACAGCCAUUUUUUACAGAGUUCCUCCAUUUUCACAGGCUCAAAAGUAAUGGCACAAACUAAUAUAAUCAUAAAUAUUAGGAUUAUUUUUAUUACUUGGAGGUAAAUCCUUUGCAGUCAAUGACUACCUGAAGUCUGGACCCCAUGGACAUCACCAAAUGCUGAGUUUCCUCCCUUGAGAUGAUUUUCCAGGUCUUUACUGCAGCCAUCUUCAGUUGCUGCUUGUUUGUGGGUCAUUCUGCCUUCAGAUUUGUCUUCAGUAAGUGAAAAGCAGCUCAGUUGGGUUGAGGUCAGGUGACUGACAGCCAAAUAUGCCCAUGCCAUAACACUGCCUCCACAUGUUUGACGGAUGAUGUGGUAUGCUUUGGAUCAUGAGCCCUUUCUUUCCUUCUCCAUACCUUUCUCUUCCCAUCAUUCUGGUACAAGUUAAUCUUGCAUCAGAACUGGUCAGGCUUUUUUUUUUAGAGGUUUUUUAGCAAAGUCUAAUCUGGCCUUUGUGUUCUUGAGUGUUACCAGCGGUUUGCAUCUUGAGGUAAACCGUCUGUAUUUACAUUCAUGAAGGUGGCUCUUGAUUGUAGACUUUGACAAUGAUAGGCCUACCUCCUCCAGAGUGUUCCUGACUUGGCUAGAUGUUGUGAAGGGGUUGUUCUUCAAUAAGAAAAGAAUUCUGCAAUCAUCCACUUUAGUUGUUUUCUGUGGUCUCCCAGGCCUUUUGGUGCUGCUGAGCUUGCCAGUGCAUUCCUUCUUUUUAAGAAUGUACCAAAUUGUUGAUUUGGCCCUCCUAAAGUUUCUGCUAUCUCUCUGAUAGGCCUGUUUUGUUUUUUCAGCCUAAUGAUGGCCUCCUUCACUUGCAUCAACACCUCUUUGGACGGCAUAUUGAGAGUUCCCAUGAACAGCUACCAAAUGCAAAUUCAACACUUGGAAUCAGCUCCAGACCUUUUAUCUCCUUAAUUUAUCAUGAUAUAAGGAGGAAACAGGCCACAGCUGGCCAUGAAACUGCUUAUCAGUCAAUUGUCCCAUUACUUUUGAGCCUGUGAAAAUGGAGGAACUCUGUAAAAAAUGGCUGUAAUUCCUAAACGGUUAAUGCAAUAUUUUUGUUAAACCCCUUGAAUUAAAGCUGAAAGUCUACGCUUCAGUCACAUCUUGACUGCUUCAUUUCAAAUCCACUGUGGUGGUGUACAGAGGCAAAAUUACCAAAACUGUGUCACUGUCCCAAUAUUUAUGGACCUGACUGUAAAUACAUACAUGGAUAAUUAAUAGUCCUUCUUGCAUUAUCCUGCAGUUAGUUAUUAGUUUAUUGUUUUUAACAGACACAUGUUACAGUUAGAAGCAGCUUUGAUUCUAUUUUAUAGAGCUUAAAGAGUUUAUAGAGCUGCUUUCAUUUACAACAAUACUCAAUAGAUCGGAUUUCAGCAAGCACCUAAGUGUGUGCAACCAUUCAGCUCCUCCGUGGAACCAGACAUCACUUACUGCACCUCAGUACAGCAAGACAGCUAUAAACUGCUUUAAAGGUGUUACAAAUAAGCAAGAGAAAAAGCUAAAUUGCCCACACUGUGAUUUGUGCAUUUUAAAGAAAAAUCAUAGAAGGCACAUGCAAACGGCUCAUUCAAAUAUUGACCAUGAUGUCACUACUCAGUCCCUCCUUCAAAGUCAGUGCAUUAAUGCAAAAGAGUGGAGUCUUCGCUGUGGCAGAAUCAUCUAGAGGCCCUUGUAUUCCCAUACAUGUCAUCAGAAAGACAUAGGGCAGUUCACACAAAGUGACUUGUGAACUCGAUGUCUGCAAUGCUGUCAUGUAUUUCAAAAGAAGAAGUCACUUGCGAUCUUGUCAGUGUACUCACUUAAAAUCACUUAAAAUUACUGCAGAGAAUGAGGUCCUACAUGAAAAGACUUUAACAGAAAUGGUCCAUCAGAAAUAGUUUUCAGAAAAAAGAAAACGACAGUGUUUAAAUCAUCAGAAUAAAGCUGAGGAAUAUGGUUUUUGUUUUGCAUCAUAUGUGAACCUUGGAGGUCCAUCUUAUAUGCACUAUGUGUCUGUUUUUGAGCCAAAGGUAUCAUUUUACAGCAGAUUAGGAAGGAUCAUCAUUGUUUACAAUGCCAAAAACAACACAGGGCAUUGCCUUUGUAUUAUAUCAAGGUGCUUCUGCAUACAUAAAGUAGUGUUCAAAUGGUACCUUUUUUCAAAUCAACAGAAAACUGUUUCAAAGAAUUAAGAGCACUGAGGUGGAGGUGACCUGCAAAGACAAGACUUUGUCAAAAUCUGACAGGUUUUCCUCUGGCAACAAAGAUGCUGAGAACAUGGUGUACAAAUGAGGAACUCAAGCAAAUGGUACAGCAUAUCUUCAGAAAGAAAAAAAUCCCAGCUUCCCUACCUAAGUCAACCACUAAUUUUAAUGACAAGGAAUUCCUAAAAAUCUUGGUUCCACAUGAACUGCACUGCUCAUUGUGUCCAGGACCUGUACCCCUUAGUGAUCUUCUGCUUAUCUCCAACAAAGCCAAAAUUCUCACAACAAUUGGUGUAAUUGAAGAUUGGUGUUUGUUUUUAUAGAAGAAAGCUCUUCUUUAAAAAUGUGUUGGUAUCAGCUGGAUAUGAAGAUGUUAACUUGUUUAUUUUGUUUGUCUUUUAUAUUUUUUACGUCUUGAAACUUAUUGCCAGAAAUGUCCAGUGUGUGGUCUUGCAUACCAUUAUCAAGAAUGUAACACUGGUGUGCAUAACUAUGAUGAUGACAUCAGUCUGAAGUUGUCUUAUACUUCGAAGUUUUAUGCAGUCUCACACUGCUGUUGAAAGGGUCUGCAAAGCUUUUUCAAUAGCCACUGGAACUGCUUACCCAAGCAGUAAAAAAGUGCUUUGUGCAAAGAUGCACUUUGACACAUUAACAGAUCAUAACUACAACUUUUCUUGUUUAAAGUGUGGGUUACAUCCACCUAUUGUUAUCACAGAUGUCCAUCGAAAAGGAGUUUUUAGUAUGCCAGGUAAAUUACAUUUGCAGUCAGAUUUUAUUUAAGCUUGACAUACAUUUAAAUUUUUUGUCAUCAGUGAUUUCCCCAUGUGUUUUAGUUAAAUUGACUUCGUUUAAACUAUUUUACUCACUGCUUUUGUUAGGUUUCUUGUGAUAUUUAUGUAUUAGAAUAGCUUUGUAUGUAUUAGAAUUGAAUUAUUAUACAAUUGAUUACUAUACAUGUUUGUUUAGUGAGUGAAAUUGAAGAACCUCCAACAAUCUUUGAUAGGUAGGUGGCUGUGGAGGCUUUUUGGGAUUCCCUGAGUUUGGAAAUCAUUGCAAGGGGUCUUGCGCAAGUUUUUUUUUUUUUCUUUUUUCUUAAAUACAAAUACUAAAUACUAUGCUGAAACCUUAGCCAGUAUACAGUUGAUUUCAAAAGUUUACAUUUUACAGAAGGAAAAACCAUGUAUUAAGAGCCAGGGGGUGAAAACUUUUUGAAUUUGAAGAUCAGGGUAAAUUUAACUUAUUUUGUCUUCUGGGAAACAUGUAACUAUCUUCUGUAGCCUCUGAAGGGCAGUACUAAAUGAAAAAAUACGAUAUUUAGGCAAAAUAAGAAAAAUGUACAGAUCUGUUCUGUUCAAAAGUUUUCAUGUUUUUUCCUUCUGGAGCAUCAGUGUGCAUUUGAACCUUGCAUAUGAGUCCCUCAGUUGUCCUCAGUGUGAAAAGAUGGAUCUCAAAAUCAUACAGUCAUUGUUUGAAAGGGUUCAAAUACACAAAAAAUGCUGGAAAACCAAAGAAUUUGUGGGACCUGAAGGAUUUUUCUGAAGAACAGCAGGCAGUUUAACUGUUCAGGACAAACAAGGGACUCUUGAACAACUAUCAGUAAACAAAAAAACACAGCUGUGGAUCAUUCAGGUAACAACACAGUAUUAAGAAUCAAGGGUAUGUAAACUUUUGAACGGGGUCAUUUUUAUAAAUUCAACUAUUAUUUUCUCUUGUGGACUAUGUGUAAACAUCUUUUAUGUGAAAUAUCUUAUUCAGGUCAGCACUAAAUAAACAAUAACAUGCAUUUUGUAUGAUCCCUCUUAUUUUGGUAAAAUAAUAAACAUUUUGCAGAUUCUGAAAGGGGGAUGUAAACUUUUGAACUCAACUGUAUGUAUAUGUGUUCGGGCUGUGCCUAAACUCAAAGUCUGACACCAGCAAUCAUAAACUUUUAAAUUUAAAAAGAAGGGUAAACGUCAAUUCCAAAUAAGUUUUAACCAGCAACAAAACUAACAACUUAUUAUAAACUAUUAUUUAUUUUAUUUUUUUAUAGGUGGAAGUCACAAUCCAUCCACUGCCAACCCAAAUUUCCACUUUUGGAAGAUGCACUAGAAAGUCUGGCUCUGUUUUAAAUACAGAGUGGGAGAAAGUGCAUACAUCAAAUCUCAUUCUGUAUCUGAACUUCUGAACUAACUGGCUUGUUGAUGAGCUGAUCACACUGAAGGUGAAGUGUGUUCCUGUGCAUUGUUUACCUUUUUGUAACACUACUUCUAUUUCCAUUCUCAAGUUAUUUGAACAGAAUUUUCCAGAUGUUGCAAUUUUUUCUAAGUAUAUUUAUUUAUUAACAGGUGUCUGGUGUCCGACAGUUAUGUAGAUCUUGUGGGUUAAAUACGAAGGGAUCAGAGAUGGACCUCAUAAUGAGACUAAGGAAUGAAAUGCAAAGCAGGUCAUCGUAUGACAAAAUUUUCCAGAAGGUUUGAAGUGCAUCAGGUACAUAUGCAUUUAUAAUAUCAUCUAAGUGUGUUUUUAAACUACAGUUAUUUAAACUACAGUGUGCUGAAAUCAUAUUCAAAUUUAAAAAAUUUUGUUUUUUAAUUAGGUAGUUGGGCAGUUGUUAUGUGCUCCUGCAAUGUGGUUUACAGCGUUAAAGUCCUGUUGAGGGCUGAAAGUCCAAGGGACUUCACCGACCUUUUGCUGUCAUGGAAACACAUUCCCAAUAUAACAGUUUAUGAUUCUGCAUGAGGAGUAGUCACUCAUUCAAAUCUCUGGUAUCCAGAUAUGAUUCCCUUCAGUCCACAUGACAGUUGACUUCUGGAGCCAAAUGAGGCUAAUAUUACAGCAGCAGAAGAGGGAAAACUGAAUCUUUAACAUGGCUUAAAGAGAAGAAGGUGCCAGCUAACUUGAAUGGACAUCCUUUGACUGGCUCAUCCGAACACUAUGUUCUCUACGACAGGUUCCAUGAGAACAAUACUAAAGAUUCCCAUGAUAAACUUGAGAAAAUACAGCUUGUGCUUGAGGUGGCUGGAAAAGUUAAUUCUCAGUGUGCUGAACAGUUGUUUUCUCAAAUGAGAAAAAAACAACUACUUUUUACGAAGCCAACAAACCAUGUGUUCCUCAUGAGAAACAUGUUGCACCACUACAAUGUAAACAGAAACAACAGAUUGUUGGAACAACUAUCAAACCAUAUUGGUUGCACUCAGAUUGUUCUGGACUUGGUGAAUAUUAUGUGGUUUAAUUUUUUAUAUUAUUUUUAGUUUCAUUAGCAUUUUUGAAUCAACUUUUUCAAAAAUGUUAAUUAUUAUUGGUAUGGCAUGUUGACGUGUUUUCUUUAUUACUUGAUUACUAGGGACUUCAUAUGAAAACACAUUUACAGCUGAAAAGUUGGCUGUGACAGGGCUGAAUGAUGUAAUUCCCAGCAAGACUUGCUAGGAACAACCAUUCAGUGAAGCAAUGGAGGCAAAGCUAACACAUAGAAUUAGACACGCAGAAAAAUCCAAGUGAACAUGUUGGAGGUGUUUACCACUCUGAUGCAAGAAGAUUUUCAGGGGUUGGGAUUGCAGCGUGAUAUUGAAGGGACAUUUAGUAUAAUAUUUGUCUUUUUGAUCUCAUUAAAUUUUGUGAAUAGUCUGUUUCGGUCUUAAGAAGCUGUGGUUUCGCAAGAUUCUGAGUUGCUGUUUCAAGGUGGUUGAAGACAUGUGUAUGUGUACAAAAGUGUGGACAUCCAAUAGCUAUGUCACAGCAACUUGGAUUCCUCCAGUUUGUGCAGAUCCAAUGGUACAUAUGGCUAUAAGUAUUUAUUAUUUGUUGGAACAGUGUAACUGGUAAUGUUUUAGAUAUGGUUGGUUGUUCUGGAUUAUCACAAUGCUUUUCAUUUCAUUCAGUGUUCUGAGCUGUAGUUGAAACAAUGCCAUAUCAAAUCUAAUUUUGUAUAGAAGUUGUAGUACACAAUCUGUCAAAGCAGUUAAAAACAUUUUACAGCCCACAUUGUGCAUAAUGCAUAUAUUUUCACUCUGAAUUGUGUUAAUUUAUGUUUUGUGAAAGGUUGAUGCUUCUGUAAAAGACUUCAUUUUACUUCCUACGUGGAGCAAAUCACACUGGAACAUUUGUCUAAGUCAUCAGUUUAAUACAUAAUUUUAUAACAAGAUUUGUCAUAUUGGUGUCUGUAUCUUCUGUGUAUUUUGGUAACCUUUUUCAGAUUCUGUAUUCAAAGCUGAAACAAGAUUGGUCUAAGUGAUGGCAGA